AUGAAUAUACUGAAGAAUCAGUUAUCAGGGACAUUCAAGAUGAAAGAUCUGGGGGCUGCAAAAAGGGUUCUUGGCAUAGACAUUCAUAAAGACAGAAAAAUGAGCAAGCUUUGGUUAUCACAUACAAAAUACCCUGAAAAUGUGCUGAUCAAGUAUGAGUUGGACCAGGCAAAGCCAGCUUUCUUAGCGGCGUGGAAAUCUGCAUGUUCCUAUGAUGGCAAAUCGCACUUUCUGGUGCCCAAUGGAGUAUUUUUACUGGGCCCUGUCACAUUUUCUGGGUCAUGCUAUAAAAAAGCAUCUCCUAAUGUCCAAAUAAAGGGGAUAGUCAAAGCUCUCCCAAACCUUGUUGCAUUUACUGAUGAAAAUUGGAUAAAGUUUACAAACUUGCACAGGUUCACGGUGAGCGGUGGAGGAAUUCUCGAUGGCCAAGGAGCUGAUGCUUGGAAACAAACAACCUGCCCGGAGGAAAAAAAAUGCCAAUUUCCCCCAACUUCUACAAAGUUCACGAAUAUCACCAACGCUGUAAUCCAUGAUAUUCAUCUCUUAAACAGCAAGUCUUUCCACAUCAGCAUAUUUAGGUCCCAAGGAAUUCAACUCCAUAACCUCAAUAUCACGGCUCCAGGGGACAGCCCUAAUACAGAUGGAAUACAUAUCAGUUCAUCUACAAACAUCAAUAUCACAACUUCAACCAUAGGCGUAGGUGAUGACUGUGUAUCAAUUGGAGAAGGCAGCAAUGAUAUCUUCGUCUCUGGCAUAUUCUGUGGCCCAGGCCAUGGAAUCAGCAUUGGUAGUCUUGGUAAACGUCCAGAAGAAAAGUCUGUAAUUGGGGUGCACGUGACAAACUGCACUCUCACCGGUACCACAAAUGGCGUAAGGAUUAAAACAUGGCCUGAAUCACCGAUGCUUGAAGUUUCUGAUAUCACAUUCAAAGAUAUCAUCAUGGACAGAGUUUCUAAGCCAAUCGUCAUCAACCAAAACUACUGUCCAGUCCAGCCUUGCACAAAGAAGCCCUCACGAGUUAAGAUCAGCCAUGUUACAUACAAAAACAUCACCGGCACUUCUUCAAAGGAGUAUGCAGUCGAGCUUAACUGCAGUUCGGCUGUUCCAUGCCAGGAUAUGCAAUUUACUGAUAUCAACUUAGGGCCUAUGGACCCUACCAUUAAGGCCUCUGGGCUCAUUCAUUCAUCAUUGCAGUGCUUGGACACAAUAUCUGUAAUUAGGUUUUUUCUAAUCUCUCUCCUUCAGAUCCUUCUCGUUAAUCAAUCUCUUUCCAAUCUGUUCAUUAAACACAAAUCAAUGUGCUGCACAAACUAG